UGAGGGGGCGGUGUCGAUCAGCUGAUGCAGUCUGUAUAUAAACUGUGUUGAGCUGAAAACCUCUGGCACAGCUGCUUGAUCUGUUUACUAUCAACAAGACUUUUUUUUUAAGCGAUCACAAGGACACUCUGAUCAUGGAUAUAACUAUUGUUAUGCUGGAUGGAAAGACCCACAUCCUGAGGGUGAACCCGCAGGACACAGUGAGCUCUCUGAAAAUGCUCAUCCAGAACAAACUGGGAUUUCCUCCUCACAAACAGAGGCUGAUCUUUGUGAACGGACAGAAGACAUCCCUCAGCGACGACUCCCAGUACAUCAGUGAGUACGGUCUGCAGUCCGGCUCUCGGGUCUCUCUGCUGAUCACACAGCCCGCCACCAUGCAGGUAUUCCUCAGGAACGAGAAGGGCCAAAUAAACACCUACGAUAUCAAACCGGAGGAGACUGUCAGCGACUUCAAAACAAAGGUCCAGCACAGAGAGGGGGUCCAGGUGAGCCAGCAGAGGCUGAUCCACGAAAGCAGGGAGAUGACGACUGGAAGACUUUCAGACUACAACGUCAAAGAGAUGAGCACCAUCGACCUGAUGUUUCGUCUGAGAGGAGGCUGGGCACACUUCUGAUUAAAAUGUCAGCAAGUUAAUGAACUGUACAGUUUUUUAAUGUAAUGCGAAUGAUGAUCAAACCUUUGUUAUUUAUUAGAAUCUGUUUUUUUUAUGUGGAAGUAAUUCAAUUCAUUCCUCAACAUGUAGUGUGUGUUAUAUAUAACAUAAUCUGUAUAAUAACCUAAAUUCCUUAUUUUUUAAAUGAUUUGUAUUUUUUAAUUUGGCAAUAUUUUAAUAAUUCGAUACAUUCCUAAAUGUGUAAUAUAUUAAAAACUUGUUUUGAUACUAUAAAAGUUACACACAAUAUGGCAUGUUAACUUUUUAUUUUCACAAAUCAUGUUUUAAUUUUGUUAACCGGCACUUAAAAAAAUAAAGAAAAAAAAAUAAACGUGAAUUUGCAUGUGUCUUCACAUUUCCUCUUAUGUCAUGUAGCUCAGAGGUGGAGCUGUACACUGUGCAGACGACGAUUACCAGUAACAAAAAGGCACUUUAGCGUCACAGAUUUAAAAUGAUGACAUUAUUCAAAUAUAUAAAACAGACUGCCGAGAUUUUCUAUAACAAGAUUUUGGAAGAACAAAAAAA